UUAUAUGAUCAUUAUCUGCCAGAAAUUAAUGCAGAUCCUAAUGAUAUAAUCGGCCCUACAAAAAAAAAUUCUGAAGAAGAUAAUAGUAAUGAUGAUAGUAUAGACGAUCUUGAAGAAGAUAAGGAAGAGAAAAUUCGACCUAAUUGGAUAUUCUUGUCAGAAAUAGAUCCGAAUUCACACAUUAAUAUUUCUUUUGAUCUUGGUUCCCGUGACAUUGACAUUAAUUAUAAUUGGGCCAGUGUGAGCAGGCAACGGUAUCCCAACUUUGAAGGUGCUGAUAACUUUAUUCAAUACUCUUGUGAUAAUACUACGGUCUCAGAAAAUGAAACCGAUAUAACGAUUAAUCGUAAAACACUAAAUGAGAAACAAAAAUUGGUGUUUGAACAGAUAGAAUCUCAUUAUCAUGUAACACUCUCAG